AUGGUAGAUGCUAAAAGAUCGGGCUCAAUUGUGAAUGUUUCCAGUGUGGUAUCGAUACAAAGUUUUCCGCAAAACAUAGGAUAUACCACAAACAAGGCAGCACUCGAUAUGAUAACUAAACAAUUCGCGCUGGAGUUAGGACCACAUCAAAUUAGAGUGAACAGCAUCAACCCCACACUAGUUAAUACAGAACCAGUACAGAAUUUAAUAAAAGAUGUGUUACCGGUAGAUAAACUCUUUAUCGAAAAGACACCAAUGGCACGCAUACCGGAAGUGAAUGAAAUUGUGAACCCAAUCUUAUAUCGUCUUAGCGAUUUCUCAUCAAUGGUUUCGGGGACUACACAUAUUGUUGACGGUGGAAUGAUGUCGGCAUUCGCUACUAAAUUGUAA